AUAACAGAACUCACACGUGUUCCCAUUGGUUAGCUGCUAUUAGUGAUAUCAUCAAUCAUAUUAUCGCUUUGGAUUCAUUCAUCUAAUCUUCCAACGCCGUCACAAUUGCUGGGACAAACCUUUGAAUCAUAUUCUAUCUAUUUAAACCCCUUUUUUCCGUCACCGGUAGUGUCAACAUCGCAUGUUUCUCAAAAUAUCGUCUCUUCACUACUACUCUUCGUCAAUACCUCUAUUUGUUUGAGUUUCAACGUCAACACCUUCCUCCUUUCUCUACAACAUGACCGAUAAUGAAGAACCGAUGAUCAUAGCUGGAAAGAUAGCCGAACUACCGUUUAAUAAAUACAAGCGAUGGCAAUGGUGGUUUUUGGUGGGACUCAGCAUAUUGUUUCUGAUAGUAGGACAAUCAGCUGCAGUUAUCCUUGGAAGAUUUUAUUAUGAUCAGGGUGGAAAUAGUACAUGGAUGGCUACUUUAGUCCAAACCAUUGCAUUCCCAAUCUUGUUUAUUCCACUCUUCACAAUUCCUUCUCCUUCAGAGCCUUCAACUUCUUCUGUUCCACCUUCCAAUAUCAAACUCAUUGUUUUGAUAUAUUUUGUUCUUGGAAUCUUAAUUGCUGUUGACAAUAUGAUGUAUUCUAAAGGAUUGUUAUACCUCUCUGCUUCAACCUAUGCGCUGAUUUGCGCGUCGCAGUUAGCUUUCAAUGCAAUUUUCUCAUAUUUUAUCAAUUCUCAGAAGUUCACCGCUUUGAUCAUUAACUCAACCGUGGUUCUCACUUUAUCCUCUUCGCUUCUUGCUAUUAACGAAGACUCAGGCGAACCAUCUGGUAUCCCGAAGGGAAAAUACGUUUUUGGUUUCCUUUGUACGCUUGGAGCGUCUGCUACUUACUCUCUUUUGCUUUCUCUAAUGCAAGUGACUUUUGAGAAGGUUCUGAAAAAGGAAACGUUUUCUGUCGUUUUGGAAAUGCAAAUCUAUACUUCACUUGUUGCCACUUGCGCUUCCACGAUAGGAUUAUUCGCGAGCGGGGAAUGGGAUACUUUGCACGGAGAAAUGAAAGGCUUUCAGAAGGGAGAAGUUGCUUAUGUAAUGACUUUGGUUUGGACAGCAAUAGCGUGGCAGGUUUGUUCUGUUGGUGUGGUUGGAUUGAUUUUCCUAGUGUCUUCUCUCUACUCAAAUGUUAUUAGCACCGUCUCUUUGGCUAUUACUCCUAUUGCUGCUGUUAUAGUUUUUCAUGAUAAGAUGAAUGGGGUGAAGAUAAUUUCUAUGCUUUUGGCUUUAUGGGGUUUUGCUUCAUAUAUCUAUCAGAAUUAUCUUGAUGAUUUGAAGGCGAGACGUGUGCUAGCCGCUGCUUCUAAGCCUAGCAAUGAAUCUUCAUGCUGAGAAUAUUCAAUUUUGACCAAGUACCCUUUUCUUUUGUGGAUUUAAAUCCUUAAUUAGGUCCAUCAAAUUUCUAGCUUUAGAUUUUAUCUUUUUCAGUCCUACAGAAGUAGUGAGCUGGUAUUAUAGUACAGAAUAUGAGGUUCUUGGCCAUUUUGGGUACUGAAUUGUAAUAUUACUAUUUUUUACUUUUAAUAAAUGAAAAGGUUAAUUGGUGUUUUGUUUCCAAA